UGUCGUGUUUUUUUUUUUUCAAAAAACGUUGCUUUCAUGUAUUAAAUUUAGCAGAAAAGUUUAAUUGAAUAAAAAUAAUAAUUAUUGCAAAUAGUAAAUAACGCACAAACUGCAAAAUACUCUAAAGUGACGAAUAAAACAAUAACAAAAGCAUAUGUCCUCUAAUAAUGCCAAUAACAUGCCUGCCUCUACAGUGAAACCCACCUCCACGGCAGCUGUCAAUGCGGCUGAAACUAAUGCAACAACAAAAAUUAAACGUGAGUCGUCUUCCACAACACUAAUGUCCAAUGGAACAGCGAAACUGUCCUCCCUAACACCGGCCCGGGAUCUGACAUUAGGUGGAAGAGGUGGUGGUGCAGCGGGGGCCAAUAAAAAAGUAUUUUUACCCAAUCUUAAUGUAGUGAGAAAUAAAAAUACUAAUGUGAAAACCUCUAAGGACACUACCCUAAGAGGUAGAGGAAGAGGUCGUGGUGCAGAACGUGGAGCUAGGGGUGGUUCGAGAGGUGGUCGCGGUGGCUCCUCCUCUUUAAUACAAACGACUGGUGUUUUUUCAGAAGGUGCAGGCGCUGUCAAUAUACGCCAGGCCUCACGCUCCUCCGGUUAUAGCCGGGAUGUGGAAGACACCCCCUCGGCCAUGAGAAAACCCACUUUAUUGAAAAGUGAAAAGAAAUUAGAUAUAAAGGCAGUUUUGGCGAAGGACGUAGAUAUUUUAAAAGCACUCGAUGAUGUUGAGGACGAUGAUGAAAUAGAACAAAAGACUGAUUUGGAUAGAAUACCUGUACAAUUAAAUGAAGCUAAAUGGAAAUAUGUUAAAUCAGAGGUUAAAUUGGAAUCAGUGGAGGCACCGGCUUUAACAAAUGACUCAAAAGAAGAUGCUGUAGCCAUAGCUUCUCAAAUGCAAGCCAUGCAUGUGGCUCAACACUUAGAACAACAAAAUAAACCCCUACCACGUUAUCCUCAAACAUUAAAGGAACUGCUAGAUAACUCGCAAUCACAGAUAUUUUUAAUGCAACUGCCGGAUACCCUACCCUGUGUAGAGGAAGACUCUGACUCACCGGAAACCACAGAAAAACCCUCCACCUCAGCAGAUGCCUCUAAACCGGCAAAUCCUAGUGAACGAAAGAAAAAACCAGUCAAAGCUAAUGUCUUAAAGAAAAUGGAGGAAGGUCAAGUGGGGCGUUUGAUACGUUACAAAUCGGGCAAAGCUAAAUUAGUGCUGGGGGAAACCUAUUUCGAUUUGGAUAUGGGCAUGGAAACAGGAUUUUUACAGGACUUAAUGUCUAUAAGCUGUAAUCGUGAUGAACGCAGCGGUAAUAUGAUUAAUUUAGGACCCAUACAAGCCAAAAUAACCGCCACUCCCGAUUGGGAACAACUGCUUAAACAGCCUCUAAGUGGAGAUCAACAACUGUAGCAUAGAUUUGUUUCACAUUUAGGAUUUUUCUAUUUUAUUAUCAUUAUUAUUUCUUAUGUAUGUUUGUAUAUACAGCUUUACAAUAAUGGACUACUAUUGUUCGCUGCACUCCUUUGUUUUACGAAAAGAAAAAUAACUUUUUUUUUAAUAUGCAACAAUAAACAAUAGUUUGUGGCUUAAAACUAAAA